AGUGAUGUAGGUUGAUCACUGUGAAGACUCUGAGGUCAGGGUGAAGAGGGAGGCAUGGCCUGGCCACAGUUUCUGCAGAGAGGGGCUCUCACCGGCUUCAGCCAUCACCACGCCGCUGUGUUCCUGCUCACUUUCUUCAGCUAUUCAUUGCUCCACGCGUCAAGAAAAACAUUUAGCAAUGUCAAAGUCAGUAUUUCCAAGCAAUGGACCCCAAGUGCUUUUAACACAUCCGUUGACCUGCCUGCAGAGAUCUGGAGCAGCAACCAUUUGUUCCCCAGCACAGAGGAAGCCACUCUUUUCCUUGGGACACUAGACACUGUUUUUUUGUUCUCCUAUGCUGUGGGUCUCUUCGUCAGUGGCAUCAUUGGGGACCGGCUGAGCUUGCGGUGGGUGCUGUCAUUUGGCAUGUGCUCUUCUGCGUCUGUGGUGUUUGUCUUUGGCACUCUUACGGAAUGGCUGCACUUCUACAACAAGUGGCUCUACUGUGGCCUGUGGAUCGUCAACGGCCUGCUGCAGUCCACUGGCUGGCCCUGCGUGGUCGCCGUGAUGGGCAACUGGUUUGGGAAAGCUGGCCGAGGAGUUGUCUUUGGUCUCUGGAGUGCCUGCGCUUCAGUGGGCAAUAUUUUGGGAGCGUGCCUGGCCUCAUCUGUUCUGCAGUAUGGUUAUGAGUAUGCCUUCCUGGUGACUGCGUCUGUGCAGUUUGCUGGUGGGAUCGUCAUCUUCUUUGGACUACUAGUGUCACCAGAAGAAAUUGGACUGCCGAGCAUUGAGGCAGAAGAGAACUCAGAAGAAGAUUCCCACAGGCCCCUCAUCAAUGGUGCUGAAAAUGAAGAUGAAUACGAGCCUAACUACUCAAUCCAAGAGGACACGGCUGUCACCCAAGCGAAGGCAAUCAGCUUUCAGCAGGCUUGCUGUCUUCCUGGAGUCAUACCGUACUCCCUGGCCUACGCCUGCCUGAAGCUGGUGAAUUACUCCUUCUUCUUCUGGUUGCCCUUUUAUCUGAGCAACAACUUCGGGUGGAAGGAAGCCGAAGCUGACAAGUUGUCCAUUUGGUACGACGUCGGAGGCAUUGUAGGUGGGACCCUGCAAGGCUUCAUCUCCGAUGUGCUGCAGAAGAGGGCACCCGUGCUGGCCCUCAGCCUGCUCCUGGCGAUCGGGUCUCUUGUCGGGUACAGUCGCUCUCCAGACAAUAAGUCCAUCAAUGCACUUCUGAUGACCAUUACAGGGUUUUUUAUUGGUGGACCAUCCAAUAUGAUUAGCUCGGCUAUUUCUGCAGACUUGGGUCGCCAGGAGCUGAUCCAGGGUAGCAGAGAGGCUCUGGCCACUGUUACUGGAAUCGUCGAUGGAACCGGGAGUAUUGGUGCUGCCGUCGGCCAGUAUCUGGUGUCUUUGAUCCAGGACAACCUAGGAUGGAUGUGGGUUUUCUACUUUUUCAUUCUCAUGACAAGUUGUACAAUUCUGUUUAUCUCACCAUUAAUAGUGAGAGAAAUGUUCUCUCUUGUGCAAAGGAGGCAAGCUCACGUACUGAGUGAGUGAGUGAAUGAAGGAGGCCCACGGGAGAGAACGGACUCAUGAGGGCCUGUUGGUCUUCAGUUCAGUCGUGUGGAGUCACCAGAGCACCAGGGGAACCUGACCUUGCCAGGCAUCAUUCCUACAACACUGCCAGCUGCCUCGGACACUGUUGAGUAAGCGCCGAGUUAUUUUUGUACACUACAGCAGUUACUGAUGAUUUUUUAAAUUAUAUUUGUGAAUGUUCCGAAAGGAAAAGGAACCUGCCAACCUUUGUUGAGCUUGUCGGCUUAUCCCUUUAACCUUACGUGUCAUUUUGUACAGUCCUGGACUGUUGUCCUUCAGCCUUAAUUAAGGGAACAAGAGGCAGAGUCAUGCAUGUUUGCAUUAACGAGAAGACCGCUGUGUGAUCCUCUGAAAGCAAGCUUGCAGAGCGUGGAUCACCGUGAAGGCGUCCGAGCAGCUCCUGCCAGAUGAAGCGAUGGGCCACUCUGCCUUCUGGAAGUCCUCGUCCUCUCUAGAACGUUGUCAGCCUGUUCUCUGAUUUUGCUCUCGUGAUCUUGAGCAUUCCCCUGUGGAGCUUCCAACCUCAGAUGUCUUGUCUGGAAGCGUUAAGACCCUCCAAGAAGCCUUGCUAUUUAGCCGUAUUCUUGGAAAAUUGGUCUCUGUCACAGCCGUGUUCCUGGAGUUACCUCAGAAGAAGACUAGAACUAGGCAAAGGCUCUUUGUUGCAGGGGUGUGAAGUGUAUGUAUUGAAUCAUGUUGGUGGAUUGUUAGGGCCUGAGGCCUGCCCUUUUUAGAAGAUGGUAGUGUGUAUCUUCAAGACGGAGUUCUGUAUGCAGCAACGCCUUUAAGGUCAUUCUGUGCAUACAUUUUAAAUUAUGUAAACAAAGUAGGAGGGAAAUGCGCAAUUUUGAGGGACACCUGAUUCACAUCGGGUCAGGAAAUGUCCCUCCGCCCUUGUUUUAUGUUCCAGAAUACGUGUUGACGAACUCGUUCUUCAGUCUUAUAGACCUCUGAUCACUUACUGUUGAGUCACUGACGUAAAGGGAAAACACAAAACAUAGGAAGCGAGGGGAAGAAA